AAAGUAAUAGAGAAGAGUUACACUGCACUAAAUUUGAAUUGCAGAGGCAGAGAGAUAGAUGAGGAUGUGAGCAAGGGUGGGUCCAGUCCCAAAAUCUCCAUCAAGAGAGGCAGGGGUUUGUCGCGGAAGAAAUUUCAGGUGAGCCAAGCUAUGGCGGCGAAUGGGCAGGGGAUAGAGCCUGCCUUGUUGGAUGACAUAAUUAAUCGCUUGCUCGAGUUCCGCAAUGCGCGGACUGUGCGUCAGGUGCAGCUCUCCGAGAAUGAGAUCCGUGCUCUCUGUACCGCGUCGCGGGAAAUCUUCCUCUCUCAGCCUAAUCUUCUCGAGCUAGAAGCUCCGAUUAAGAUAUGCGGUGAUAUUCAUGGGCAAUAUGGGGAUCUUCUACGGCUAUUCGAAUAUGGGGGAUUUCCACCAGAGGCCAAUUAUUUGUUUUUAGGAGAUUAUGUGGACCGUGGCAAACAGAGUUUAGAAACUAUAUGCCUUCUUCUUGCCUACAAAAUCAAGUAUCCUGAGAAUUUCUUUCUCUUAAGAGGAAAUCAUGAAUGUGCUUCCAUCAAUAGGAUAUAUGGAUUCUAUGAUGAAUGUAAACGUCGAUUCAAUGUUCGACUCUGGAAAGUUUUUACUGAUUGUUUUAACUGCCUUCCUGUGGCAGCUCUUAUAGAUGAUAAAAUACUCUGUAUGCAUGGUGGGCUUUCUCCCGACCUGACAAACUUGGACCAAAUAAGAAGUUUACCUCGUCCGUCUGAUGUCCCAGAUUCUGGUCUGCUUUGUGAUUUACUUUGGUCCGAUCCCAGUAGAGAAAUGAAAGGUUGGGGAAUGAAUGAUAGGGGAGUCUCAUACACAUUUGGUGCUGAUAAGGUCGCUGAAUUUUUGAUGCAGCACGAUAUGGACCUCGUGUGUCGUGCUCACCAGGUUGUAGAAGAUGGAUAUGAAUUUUUCGCCGAUAGGCAGCUAGUUACAAUAUUUUCUGCUCCCAACUAUUGUGGUGAAUUCGACAAUGCUGGUGCCAUGAUGAGUGUUGAUGAGAGUUUAAUGUGCUCUUUUCAGAUUCUGAAACCAACUGAUAGAAAGCGGUUCUUGUAAAAGCUAGUAUGAUAACACCUGUCCCAGUUCUCCUUGACUGCCCAGAGUUUCUCGAUCAUCUGUGUCCCUCAGAAGAAGCCACCUGCUUAAUCUGUGCAGAAUGUAGAGAUGUGAGCAUUCCAGUGCCAUCCGGGAUGAAUUAGGUGAUCUUGUUCGUCACUGUCCUGAGGUUUUCCCGAAGGACUUAUUUCGUAAGCUCUGUAUUUUUAAUUUUCAUUGACUUUUUUUACUUUAAUUUCUCUAUACGACUUUAGGAUUUGGCUGUGUAUAUACACUUCUAUAUAUCGCAAUUACAAUUGUAGAUUGUUGCUGGUUUUGUGAAGUUUAACUGGGGCGAUUGAUGUUCUA